CGUGGGGGCGGGACGACGUGCCGGAAGUGCUCGCUCCCGGGUUGUUUCUGUUCGCAGUCCGGCGGAGGAGAUGCUCCGGGAGACCGAGUGCAGGGUGGUGGAGGACGGUUAGAGAGCGGGUGGCGCAGCGUGGAGCCGGGGCCUGGCGGCUGAGCCGCAUCCAGACCAUGAGCUACACCAGGCACUGGGGGGAACGGUUCCUGAACCUGCGGGUGCCCCCCGCCGGGGUGUUCGGCGUGGCCUUCCUGGCCAGGGUCGCCCUGGUUUUCUACGGUGUCUUCCAGGACCGGACUCUACUGGUGCGGUACACCGACAUCGACUACCAUGUGUUCACGGACGCCGCGCGUUUCGUUACGGAAGGGCGCUCGCCUUACCUGAGGGCGACGUAUCGCUACACGCCGCUCCUGAGUUGGCUGCUCACUCCCAACAUCUACCUCAGCGAGCUCUUCGGCAAGUUUCUCUUCAUCAGCUGCGAUCUCCUCACCGCCUUCCUCUUAUACCGCUUGCUGCUGCUUAAGGGGCUGGGGCGCCGCCAGGCCUGUGGCUACUGCGUCUUCUGGCUGCUUAAUCCCUUACCCAUGGCGGUGUCGAGCCGGGGCAACGCCGACUCCAUCGUCGCCUCCCUGGUGCUCACCGCCCUGUAUUUAAUAGAGAAGCGGCUGAUCGCGUGUGCCGCGGUGUUCUAUGGCUUCGCGGUGCACAUGAAGAUGUAUCCGGUCACCUACAUCCUCCCCAUAGCGCUCCACUUGCGGCCCGAGCGCGAAAGCGACGAGAGCCUCCGGCAAGCCCGCUACUCCUUCCAGGCUCGUCUGUACGACUUCCUAAAGAGGCUGUGUAGCUGGGCAGUGCUGCUCUUUGUCGCGGUGGCGGGACUCACGUUUUUUGCCCUGAGCUUCGGUUUUUACUAUAAAUACGGUUGGGAGUUUUUGGAGCAUACCUACCUCUAUCACCUGACCAGGAGGGACAUCCGCCACAACUUUUCUCCCUACUUCUAUAUGCUGUACUUGACGGCAGAGAGCAAGUGGAGUUUCACCCUGGGGAUCGCCGCGUUUCUGCCACAGUUCAUCCUGCUUUCAGCCGUGUCUUUUGCCUAUUACAGAGAUCUGGACUUCUGUUGUUUCCUUCACACAUCCAUCUUUGUGACUUUUAACAAAGUUUGCACCUCUCAGUACUUCCUUUGGUACCUCUGCCUUCUGCCCCUGGUGAUGCCACUAGUGAGAAUCCCUUGGAGAAGAGCCAUAGUCCUCUUGAUGUUGUGGUUUAUAGGGCAGGCCUUGUGGCUGACUCCUGCAUAUGUGCUAGAGUUUCAAGGCAAGAACACUUUCCUGUUUAUUUGGUUAGCGGGUUUGUUCUUUCUUCUAAUCAACUGUUCCAUACUGAUUCAGAUUAUUUCCCAUUACAAGGAGGACCGCCUAAUAGAGAGAAUCAAAUAUGACUGAUGUGCGUUCUGGAUCUUCUGCCGCUUCCGUUACAUUCUGAUCAUUCUGUAUGGACCGGGAAAGCUUUGCAAGUGUUUUCUCCCUGAACAUUUUGAGGACUCUAGUGAACGUUCCCUCAUUCUGAUAGAAAUGAAAAUCAGUGUUGGCCUUCUAUGUAAAAGGGACCCAAUAAUUGAGGUCCAUCCUUUAGAAAGUCUUAGGACUCAUCUGCUUGAUUAGAAGUCAAGGUACUUGUUUGACAGUUGGAAAGCCGAUGAAGCUAGAAGAUGCUCACAUGUUUUUGAACAAUAGAGAAGUCGACGUAAGGUCCCUAGCAGUGUUUGUUCCUGUCACACUGUGCCACUGCUGUCCCUUCAGCCCCCACCUUUCCUUUCUGCCGUGGUGACAGCUGUGAGCAUUUACAGAGUUCCCAAAGGACAACAUUUUUACAUAGAAAAUAUUAACACUACCAUGUGUGGUUGGGAAAGUUUUAAAUUUUUGUAUUAAAUGUCGGGGCUUAGAGAUAAACAAUCCAAAGAAUUUAAAUUGUGAUCAUGUAUUUGUUUUGUAAUUUAGUUUUUCAGCAUUAGUACCAUUGGUAGUCGUUUUAUACCAAAAGAUUAAAUUUAAAAUCAUCCGUUUUUAGACCUGAGUAUUUAAAAAAGAAAUUGAACACUACUGUUUAUAUGGUUAUCCUUUUUUAAUUGCUAAAAAGGUUUUCAUCUAUAAUUUAAGCUGAGUAUUGUCUGUUGUAAAAGUAGUAGAAUUUAGGUGAUAAAACCUAAAGUUUUGGGUAAAACCUCCUUUGUUAUAUUCUGGUUUUAUCACCUAAAUUGUUAUACUGUUGAUAGAUAAGGCAUCACCCAGAUUAGAUCCUAGCCUCUGAAAAUUCCAUGAUGGGAAGGAAGGAGACUCCUGGAAAGCUCGUGUGCAUCCUGAGGGCUCACUGGUCUGGACGAAGAGUUACCAGGGAUGUGAGGAAGUGCAGAAACAGCCUUGCUGGGCAGGUGCAGAAGCUCGACCUUGCUGGGCAGGUGCAGAAACCGGGCCUUGCUGGGCAGGUACAGAAGCUCGGCCUUGCUGAGCAGGUGCUUCCACUUAUCACUGACAUUUCCGGGGGAGAGUACUCUCUCAGCUGUAUGAAUAAGCAUCCUAAAUAUUGUUAGAAAAGCUAGAGCCCAUAUAAGCUGAGGCUUCCUAAUGUUCAAAGAUCUAGCAGCAGAUAGUAUGAUUUUGUGAUCACGAUUUCAGAAAACCAGUACAUUGUUUUCCAGACUUAAAAACACAACAAAUUUCUGAAAACAAAUACUCCUCCAUAAAAGUUGUUAUGUCAAGGCAAGUAAAAAGCGUUUGAGGGUAAAAUAUUUACAGGCAGAUGAUAAUUAGAAAUUCUAUUACUGGCAGCAUUUAUUUGCUGGAUUUCUUUUGGGAUUUGCUCUUAGAGGAAUAGGUGGCUUUUCUGUAGCUGUGUGUAAGAAAGCAGUCAGUUGUAGAAAACAGUGACUCCCUAAAACGUCAAGUUCCAUACACCUCACUAGCUCAUAACUUAACAGCUCAUUGUUUAAGACAGUUUAAGUAGUGGCCUUUCCAAUUACAGCACAUGAACUUUUUAAAAUUAUUAUUAUGGGGCUUGAAAGCUGGGCCUCAAGCAUUCUAGGCACGUACUCCGCUGAGCUAUGCACCCAACUCCAAGGGGAUUUGUAGAGUGAAAGUUUUGCGGGAGGAAAGUGUGGUUCGUGUGUUUGUAGAGGCAGACCUGACUUUUGUCGUUAGAUAGUCUUAGUCCAGGCUGGUCUCAGACUGACUUCAUAGGCCGAAGUAACCUCUAACUCCUGAGCCUCGUGCCACUACCUCCCAAGAGCUGAGAUCACAGUCCUGUGCCACUGUGCCUGGCUCAGAGAUUCUUUCUCAAGGAAAUGCAAGUAUUUUUUAAGAAGAUAUUUUGCAGUUUAUCUACUACAAAACACUUAUUUUUUUUAUUACUUGUUCUAUGUGUGGGUGUUUUGCAUGUAUGUCUGUGCACCAUGUGCAUUCCUUGUGCCCAAAGUGCCCAGAAGAGGGCAUUGAAUUUCCUAGAACUAGAGUUACAGCUGGCGAUAGCCACCAUGUGGGAGUCCUCUGGAAGAGCAGCUAGUGCUUCUAACCACUAAACCAACUCUCUAGCUCCCUGGUGCAAAAUAGUUAAUAAGUUAAAUAGAGAAAUGAUUUGAUCUGGUCUCUUGGAUUUUACUUUUGCAUUGCAACUUUUAAACUUUUUAUUUGGAGAAGAGGCGCAAUACCAUGGCCUGUGUAUGGAGGUCAAAUGCACCUAGAACAUCAGGGGAAACUUGUGGAUCAAACUUGGGUUGUCAGGCCUAUUAGCAGGUACCUUUCAUGCUGAGCUGUCUGAUUGCUUUGGCUUCUUCUCAUUGAUGAUACUGUUGUUUCCUGAUUAGUCCUUGAGUAGUAUCUUGAAAUUGUGUGGCUCUUUGGCUUAUUUUCUGCAUAAUCUCGUGUUCUUAUACUCCUUGCGUUGUCUUUACAUCACUGUAGCACAUGCCUUGUGUAAAGCAACUUGUUGAGAGAAAAGGUUUAUUUGGGGCCAUGGAUUUAGAAGUUUCAGUGUGAGGUUGGUUGGCCCUGUUGCUUCAGGCCUGUAGUGAGGUAGCCUAUUGUGACAGGGAGCACAUGCUAGAAGCAAAUUAUUCACCUCAUUGCGGGUGCAGAAGGAGAAGAGGAGACAAGGGUUUUUUUCAGUGCCCCUCGAGGACACACCUUAGUGCCUUAAAAUCUCCCACUGGGCAUGGCCUAAAGUUUCCACAGCUUCCGAGUAGUGCCACAGGCUUUUAGCACGUGGGCCUUUGGGAGAAGAGUUAGACUCAUACUACAGCAUCGCUGUGAGACUGACUUACAAGCUUUACUUACUAAAGAAGAAUGUUUCUCCAGAUAGGUUGUGUUCUAAACAGAGCACUCUAUGUUUUCUUCUGGAAUUCCUUUUUGAUGUCUCCAAAAUGUCCUUAAAGGCCUCAAGGAAAAUUCCCAGGAUUAGGUUCAUUAUUGUCUUUUUUUUUUUUUUUUUUUUUGCUGCUGCUGUAGGAGAUGUGAAUCCAGGCUGGCCUUAAAGUUGCUGUGAGGCUGGCCUUGAACUCAUUAACCUCUUGAAUCUACCUCCUGAGUACUGGGUUUAGCAGGUGUGCUGGUGUUUGGAUUAGUUUCUUUGGAAAAGCUAUGAUAAUCAUCCUCAACUGCCCAACUCAGCAAACAAAUUCUUAAAACCAUAGAUCGCAGUUACCAACUUGUUACCAUCUGGAUUUUGUUGAGUAAUGUAAUGAUGUAUCAUAAGUUGUAUAAAACUUGUCAUUUGGUUAAUUUAUGGCUGAAUAUAUUGUUUUUUUUUAACAUCAGUUGUUAUAUUACCGACUCUCUUGCUAUCUGUGCUGUGAGUUAUGAGUAGAAAAGAAAAAUAGGAAAAAUUCUAGUUGUGGAUAGUGGUCUUUAAAUGAAAUCUCUUGUCAUUCCCCUCAUUCUUUAUUCUUUUGUGUGUAUGUGAGUGUGUGUGUGCAUGCAAGUGCGCUUCACCCUCGGUUGUCAUUCCUCAAGCUCCAUUCACUUGGUUGCAUUUUUAUUUUUUGGAGCUGUCCACGUUGGCUGGGCUAACGGUCAGCAAGCCCUAAGGAUCUGCCUGUCUCUGUUUUGGCAGCACUGAGAUUCUAAGUAAAUGUCCUACCUGCCCUUUUUUAUUUUUUUUCUUUAAACAUUAGUCCAAUAACCCUUACUUUGCCCAGUCAAAAACAAUUGGCAACUAAGUAACCUCUUUCAUAACAGUUGACAAAUACUUUUGUAAACACUCUGUCUCCCUUCUAAGAACCUCUCCCCCCCACCACACACACACACACACACACACACACACACACAUACACACACACAGGGUUUCUCUGUAUUUCCCUGGCUGUUCUGGUACUCACUCUGUAGACCAGGCUGGCUCACAGAGAUUCUCCUGCUUCUGUCUUCUGAGUGCUGGAAUUAAAGACAUGUGCUUGACUAGAAAACAAGUUUAUCAUCCUUGUGUUUUAUGGCAAACUUUAUAGAUGAGAGGAAAUACAUCUUAGGGAUCCAUCCUUUUCUCACUCAGUGGCAAUAGUUGCUUAGUUGAUUUUGUAUCGUGAUGAUGGUUUUUCAUGGUUAGUCAAUUUAGAGCACUGCUCUCCACAGCUUAGCUUUAAGACCACUUCAGGGUGGUGUUUGUGCUUAGACAUACCUGUCUAAUAGUGGAGUAAAGUGUUUUAAAGAUUAAAUGACUUGGUAAUAAAUGACAGAACUAGAAUUUUAAGUGAAUUCUUCCGACUAAAAUAACAUGCCCUUUUCAAUGUGUUUUAGAUUUUCAGAGUACCCAGACCUAGCAGAUGAUUUCUGCAAAAUAAAUGGAUCAGCACUUAA